AUGACAUGUAGUAUGUAUAACUGCCUCACUGACAGAACUGAAGAGUCAGAGUAUAACAGUGAAGUUGGAUACCGAUUUCUGUACAACCCAUUGCUGGCUCGAGAAGUGUUUGACAAGUUGAGCCCGCACAUCCAGUCCCGCUGGUGCGACUACGCCGCAGAUCAUGAAGGAACAGCAGACACAGAGAUCGUCGUGCUAUCACGCUUCCUUAUGCGCGAGGCCGACAGAGCGGUGCGCUAUAUGUACUCGCCCGCCGCGAGUACUGCUGCAACUACGAGGAGAGAAGUAAGACCCGCGAUAAUGAAGAAGAAGGCGAACGCCGUGUACACUGCCACGGAGAACGAACAAACGGACCGCUGCCCGCACUGCGGCCAACCCCACGCGCUACACCGGUGCCCGUCCUACAAAGCACUCAGUGUUGAUCAGCGCUGGAACAUGGUGCGAGAGAAAGGAGUGUGCUUCCGAUGCGUCGAGAAACGACACCGACGCCAAUUUUGUAAGGCGAAGCUCUACGGCGUGAUCCAAUGUCGCCGCCCGCACCACCCUACUCUGCACGAGGAACCGAGUCAACACAUUGCGCAGCCUGCAGCACCGCCCACAACGCCGCCCGCAGUGACCCCACCAAACGCGCCGAAGCACCACGAGACCGUGCUGUCACUGGGCACGCUACCACCGAAAGAGAAGGAAGUGCUGCUCAAAGUGGUUCCAGUCACUGUAACGGAACCACUGGGAAGUGUGGAGAUAUACGCACUGAUGGGCGAGGGCGCCACAAUAACCCUAAUCGACGAAGAACUGGCACAACGCAUCGGAGCGGAAGGACCCUCAACACCGUUGCGGCUACAUGGAGUGAAUAUGACACGACAAGAACAUCAGAGCCGAACCGUCAGCUUACAGUUGAAAGGAACAACACAGGACAAGCCGAUGAAGAACCGAGCCCGUACGGCAAAGCAUCUACGGGACAUAUGGGAAGACGUGUGCUAUGAUCUGGCACGCCCGCUCCUCCUGAUCGGCAGCAACAAUUGGGAGCUGAUACUAACUCGCGAACUACGAGUUGGUGGACGCAACCAACCAGCUGCAUCCCGAACUCAGUUGGGCUGGGUGGUACACGGAACCGUACCACGGAACGCCGUCUAUCAACGCAACAAUGUGCUGCACGUGUGGACUCCUGAUCAUCCCCUACACGAGAACCAGCAGCACGACGACCGCCUACACGAACUGAUCGGGGCACACUUCCGCAUCGACGCUCUCGGUAUCGCGCAGAGACCGCGCGUGGGUGGUGCGGACCAACGAGUGAUCGAAAUAGUGAGAAGAACUAUGAAGAAAGUCGAUGGCGGCUACGAGGUUGGUUUGUCGUGGAAAACCGACGGAACUACGAUGCCUCUGAGCUACGAGGCAGCGCUACGACGACUACGUGCCAUAGAACGUAGAAUGAACGCCGAUCCCGCCUUCGCCGAACAGCACACCGCCCAAAUGGAGAACCUCUUCAACAAAGGCUACGCGGUGCCAUGCGACGGCACUGAACAAAACAGCUCUGUCAGUUGGUAUCUACCACACUUUGCCGUACAGAACCCGAACAAGCCCGGUAAGCAGCGACUUGUGUUCGACGCGGCGCACAAGAACCGGGGCGUGAGCCUGAACGACCAGCUGCUGGAAGGCCCGGACCUACUGCUAUCACUGCAGGGCAUCCUCUUCCGAUUCCGUGAAAAGCCGAUCGCCGUCACCGCCGAUAUCCAAGAGAUGUUCCUGCAGGUGAAGAUCCGACCGGACGAUCAACCGGCACAGCAGUUUCUGUGGAGAGGGGAGAACAGAACUGACCCACCACGAUGCUUCAAAAUGAGGAAUAUCAUGCAUAUUUGGCGCAGCCAGCUCCCCAUUCAUGGCUCACACAGUGCGCAACUACAACGCAAUCAAGCACGCAAAGACCCAUCCGCGAGCAUUAGUGGCAAUUACUCGAAGCCACUACAUGGACGACCUGGUGGGCAGCUGCGACACGGCCAGUUUCACGCUAAGGCGCUGGAGCUCAAGCUGAACGUGCUGCGCGACGUCCCGACAGAACUCAGAGCAACUACGCCCACCGCUCUCGGGACGGUCGAGAGAAUGGAAUACAAGAUCCUGGGACUCUACUGGAACCCGCAAACAGAUGUACUCGGUUUCGACACUGCCAUGUACCGGGUGCCAGCCGAGGUACGCAACCAGAGCCGCGCACCCACCAAGAGGGAAACACUCAGUGCGGUCAUGUCGAUCUAUGACCCGCUGGGGCUGCUAAGCCACUACACGAUCAGAGCGAAGAUCAUCCUUCAAAACAUAUGGCGACUAGAACUAGUAGAAGAAGCCGAACUCUUCGCAUCCUCGCUGCGACAACUGGACGAAAUCGCACGCCUACACCUGCCCCGGAACUACGCCCUGGAGAACCAUGAGCACACUGAACUACAUGUGUUCUGCGACGCGAGCGAACAAGCGUACGCUGCUGUGGCCUACUGGAGGGCUGCACUCAUCGGUGCAAGGCUCGCCGACAUUAUCAGGCGCGAGCACCGCAUCGAGAUAAAGAAGACCAUCUAUUGGACAGACUCAUCAACCGUAGUCCACUGGGUGCGUAACGACGCGCGACGAUACACCCCAUUCGUUGCACAUCGGCUAUGGGAGAUCGCCGAGCUCACGCACAAAGACGAGUGGCGUUGGCUGCCGACCGCUGACAACCCAGCCGACGAUGCCACAAGACAAAAACGGGAACCUCAUGAAGAUGGAGAGGAAGUCCUGCACCUGAGCCAGCAGGACGAGAGCUACUUCGACUGGAUGCCUGACCCUACCCGCUUCUCGAGAUUCGAGACGCUAGUGAGAGCAACCGCGAACAUAUUGGCUUUCACGGACAUCUGCCGGAAGCGAGCGACCCGCAUGGAGCUACAGCACAUCGAACGCACCGACCGCCUCCUCGCCGACUACUAG